AUGUCGCCUCACAGCACACGCGCGGGCCCCGAAACGGGUGGAACCGGCAGAUAUCCUGCGGAAGGCCACUUGAAAGAGCCAGAGAGCAGGCCAAGGCGACCAACGGCGGUGUCGCAGUCGGAUAUCCAUGAGACGAUUCUACAUCCCGGCACAGUCCGGAUUAACGUCCAGGGCGCGUUUAUUGUGGACGACGAGCUGGUAACGCCCCAGAGUGAUGACUACGAACAUGACCCGAGGGACAUUCGGCUUCCGAACCACACGGCUGUGGUGAGCCACAUUGCUGUUGAUAUCGGAGGCUCCCUCGCCAAAUUGGUAUACUUCUCCCGCGAAUCCAAUGCGAUCUCUAUCGGCGGCCGCCUCAAUUUCCUCAAGUUCGAGACAGACAAGAUAGACACAUGCAUUGAGUUUAUGCGCAAGCUGCAGGCCGACCACCAGCAGCUCAAUGGCUCGAAGCCGGAAGAGUUGUGUGUCAUGGCGACGGGGGGUGGCGCGUUUAAGUACUAUGACCGCAUUAGGGAGGCGCUGGGUGUGGAGGUGAUACGGGAGGACGAGAUGGAGUGUCUCAUCAUUGGCCUCGAUUUCUUCAUCACUGAGAUCCCCAUGGAAGUCUUUACCUACAGUGAAGCAGAACCAAUGUCCUUCAUCCCCUUCCCCCCGCAACCCCCGUCAAUAUAUCCCUAUCUCCUCGUAAACAUCGGCUCGGGUGUGAGCAUGAUUAAAGUCUCCGGCCCACGGCGGUACGAACGUAUUGGCGGGACCUCGCUCGGGGGUGGCACACUCUGGGGUUUACUCUCCCUCCUCACCGGUGCCCGUAACUUCGAUGACAUGCUGAAACUCGCCGAAAAGGGAGAUAACUCCACUGUGGACUUGCUAGUCGGUGACAUCUAUGGCACCGAUUACAACAAGAUCGGACUCAAGAGCACACACAUUGCCUCCUCAUUCGGGAAAGUCUACAAACUGAAGCGAGCAGCGGAACAGGAAGCCGAAGACGGCUGUAACAGUGAUUACAAGCACCAUGCCGCUGAAGAGCACAUCGAGGGCUCCUCUGAGAUACCCCAUGAGUCGGCAAAGCAGUUCCGACCCGAGGAUAUUUCGAGGUCGCUGCUUUAUGCAGUAUCGAACAACAUCGGCCAGAUUGCAUAUUUACAUGCAGAGAAGCAUAAUCUAGCGCAUAUUUACUUUGGUGGAUCUUUCAUCGGCGGUCACUCCCAGACGAUGAACACACUGUCUUACGCCAUUCGGUUUUGGUCCAAGGGUACGAAGCAAGCAUAUUUCCUCAGGCAUGAGGGAUAUCUAGGGGCGGUUGGCGCGUUCUUAAAGAGGCAGCCCAGGAAUUGGGGAAGAAGAAAUAGUUUUGACACAACCUAG